AUGUCUAAGCUGCAGAAAGACAAACCUCAGAAACGAGAGAAGAAGACGGUGAAGGUUCCAACAGAGGCGACUCAUGGAGUCAAAGGCAAGGAAACCACUGGGAAGACUAAGGAAGUCGUGGAUAUUGAGUCACCCAGCGGUGAAGUAGGACACCAUGACGACGCUCGUACGGUGGGGAAAAUGGAGAACACCUACCAGACGGGCCCUUACAAACGCUUCCCUGUCGGUGCUGUCACAGACAUACUGAAGGACGUACUCACCACUUACCUCCAAGAAGAGAAAUAUGAAGUGGAGUGGUCCCAAAAAAUGACCAAAACAAUAUGUGAGGUGACACGAGCCCGUGUGAAGGAUCUCAUGAUUCCCAGAUAUAAGGUGGUCGUCCUGCUCCACAUCGGCCAGCUCACUGGUCAGAGCAUGCAAAUCAGCAGCCGCUGUCUGUGGGAUAAAUCCAACGACACAUUCGCCGCCUACUCUUUCAAGAACAGCUCUCUGUUUGGAAUGGCAACUGUCUUUGGUGUUUACUUUGAAUGAAUCCCUGAAUCCCCUGAAUUGUCAUGAUUCAGACAUGUUUUAAACUUAAUUUCAAUGGCGGGUAUG